UCUAACGUACCAAAAGGAAGCGGAAAAAAAAAAAAUCUACUUUCCUCGGCAGUGAUCACUUCUCCGAUGGUGAAGCCGAGCAAGAGCAGCAGCAACAAAAGCAACAACAAUUCAAUCAACAAGAAUAAAUUAUCGGUCUAUGAUUUCGACUGCGAAGACCAUCAGGUCGAGAAGGAUUCCCAAAAAAUUCUGUCAAAAUUCAAAACAAAAAUCCCUAACUUCAACCAAAACAAAUUCUCCUAUUCUCCUGUCGAUAAAUACUGCUUCCUCCGAUCCUUUACCCAAGGAACUAAGACUAUUGAAGAGAAUUUUGAAAUUAAGCCGGUGGAUAUUGACAGUUGUUUUGAUGCCAUGGGAGAGAGAAUUUGUAAGGUGGAUACAUCUGUAUCUGGUCGUUCAGAUUAUCAACUAUUGGUUCAUUCCAAGUGUGCUUUUCCUGGUGAAAGAUACUGCACUUGGAAAGACAGAAAACCUGGAAAUAUACCACUUUUUGUAGAUUCAGAGGAUGAGCAAGGUAGUGAUGAGGUUCUGCGUAAUGAGCCUAUCUGUCUAGAUUCAGAUGAUGAUCUCGGAAAUAAAUGUGUGUCAUCAAUUUCGUCCUCAGAUUCUGCAGGAGAUGAAGGUUCAUGUGAAGAGCAGCCACUGAAUCAUGGUUCCACUGCAGUUGACAGUGAAGCAGCUGUCAUUGUUAAACCUGAUUGCAUUAUCUGGGGGCAUAUGCACUCUACUACUUCUCAGUUGACAUUUUCUAGUAGAUCCAUUAAGCUAGAAGGGUCAACUCUUUUUGGAACAAAGAGAUCUUUUCAUUUUAACUGGUCGAUUAAUGAUCUUGUAAAAAUCAGUUCGCUCUGGUGUAGAGAAGUUGAAACUGCUAUAUUGGACCUCUAUCUAAAAUGUGAGGAUGAAAAGGCAGCUGAAAUUGACAGCAGAUUUUCAGGCAUUGUGAAGUUAAAAUUUGCUGUCAAUGACCCUCAGUGGUCUGAGAAACAACAAACAAUUGAAUCUCUGGAUGUGAUAUACAAGGCUUCUUGGUGUACUGUUGUAGAUAUUGAUCCUCUGCAGAAUGAAUUUCCUUGUCUUGAGCAGAAGUCGAUGUCUUUUUCAAGGGAUUGUUUUCCUAAUGACUUCUUUGAAGAUAUUAUCUAUCCACAAGGGGAUCCAGAUGCCGUUUUAAUUAGCAAAAAAGAUAUUGACCUAUUGCAGCCAGCUACUUUCAUCAAUGACACUAUUAUCGACUUUUAUGUCAAAUACCUUGAGCAGAAGAUUGAACCAGAAGAGAAGCAUAGAUUCCAUUUUUUCAACAGUUUUUUCUUUAGAAAGCUGGCUGAUCUAGACAAAGACCGAUCUACAGCUUGUGAAGGAAGAGCAGCUUUUCAACGUGUUCGUAAGUGGACAAGAAAAGUGAAUCUAUUUGAAAAAGAUUACUUAUUUAUUCCUGUAAACUUCAGUCUACAUUGGAGUUUGAUUGUUGUCUGUCACCCUGGGGAAGCGGCUUACUAUAAAGGUGAAGUGGUGGAUAAGUCAUCCAAAGUUCCAUGUAUUUUACACAUGGACUCUAUCAGAGGAAUCCAUAGAGGCCUCAAGAAUCUUUUCCAAACUUACUUGUUGGAAGAGUGGAGAGAGAGGCAUGUUGAGCUAUCUGAAGAAGUUCCAACCAAUUUUUUGAACUUACCAUUUAUCAGUCUGAAGCUGCCACAGCAGGAAAACUCAUUUGAUUGUGGUCUUUUCCUCCUUUAUUAUGUGGAACGCUUUCUGCAGCAAGCUCCAGUAAACUUCAAUCCUUACACUGAAGCUUCUAACUUUCUCAACAAGGAAUGGUUCCAUCCUGCAGAAGCUUCUAGCAGACGUGAUUACAUCAAAAAACUAAUCUACAAAGUUUCCAAUGACAAUGCUCAUAAAAAUUCUGCAGUUGCCAAUGAACCUCAAUAUUCUUCACAUUAUAUGGUUGAGGGAGAAGUUAGUGAUGAAUCUCUUCUGGAAACGUGUGAUGGGAAAGAAGCAUGCAGGGGUGGUUACUCUGCUCCACAUGCUGAUGAAGAGACUCACGAAACAUCACAGGCAGCAAAUCCUAUGGAAUAUCUGCAGCCUUUAGGUCGACCAAAUUUUAUUCCUGGGGAUAUUUUGGGUGAAGGACAUACGGCAGGGUCUGUUGCAAAGCAAACUCAUCAAUUUCAUGGGAAAUCAGAACCACAUGAUCAGACCUGCAACAACAUGUCACCGAUAGAGGAAGAGGAAGCACCUUGGGAGCAAACAGCAUCAGUGGACACGGUAGGUGGCAGGCAAGCAGUUGCCAGUGUCAAGCAAAUUCCUAUGCAUCUUGAUUAUGAGGAUGUGGAGAUUUUGGAUGUCAAGUCCCUAAAUUCAUUAGAGAUGCAGGAUGAAGAAGCUGUUGUCCCGAGGGUGCUACAUGUUCUAGAUUCUGAAGCUAGGGACAAAAAGAAUGAUACUUCUUCAAUGUCAAGAGAGGAACUUGAUUGCUGUGUUGUUGAAGAUUCUGUGGAGGAAAAUGGGAGGUUUGAUACCAAUGAUAACGAAAAUCCUCUUUCCUGUGAAGCCACAACUGUGGCCUUUUACGAUCUGGAGGUAGAAUCUCCCAGUAAUACAAACAUCAAAGCUAAUCCCAGCAAACCGGUUGCUGCAUCAGAAGAAGAGCGGGACAUAGAAAGUGUGAAUAUUCUUACGAGUAGUUAUAGAAGACGCGGAAGAUUUCUGUCAAAAUAUUCACAUUGUUGAAAUGCAGUCUAAGUAUUUUGGUGGCCCGAGUAUUCUUGGUUUACCCGGUUUUGAAAGGCUAAGUAGGUUUACCUGCGGUCUCGUCCUGAAUUCAGAAGAAUGGUCAUAUCAUAUCAUAAGAGGUUUAUCGUCGCUAUAGUUUUUGGCAAACUUCUUGCUUUAGCUUUUUGGGAUAUGAGCCAGAGUUUUGAGCUGUAUAUAUGUGUAAAUACAUGGAUAUCUCAAUUAUCAAAUGGUGAGAUCUGUAGUGUGCAUUGGUU